AAGUCAUUGAUAAUGAAAAUAUUUUUGUUUGUUUAUUUUAAAUACUUAUUCACAGUAAGACAUAGCUAAACAAAAUUCCAAAAAAAGAGCCACAAGUUAUUGUGCAGCCCAGGUUUUUGUCUCUUGGUUUCUCGUUGUGCAACACUAGAAACAUUGCGCUGUUUUUAACACUAUCACAGAUUCAUUUCUUUCAUUAUGGCACUUUAACAUAAACAACAUUCACGCCAAUUAAUUUAUUUAACGCCACAGUCGUCGCUCUAAUACCGGACUUCAUUUCGGUUACCAUUCUCAAAAGCCGCAAAACGUCUUAGCGCUAACUGCAGCGAUACAAAAAUAUAUUAAGCCCGAAAGCCCGAAAGCCCGAAAAGUGAAAUUCAUUCGGCAGCAGCAGCCAAAAAAGCAUUUUGUAAAAUAACAAGCAUACUAUGAAAUGGGCAAUGCUGUGAGCACAAUAAACAGCUCAGAGAACUAAAUUCAAACUAUAUAUUAAACAAACACACACGAAAAAAAAAAGAAAAAAAGAAAAAAAAAAUACUUAUACAUAGCUUAAGGUUAACUUUGGUGAGAAGGUGGCUGAAGCGGCUCUGCAGCGGCAGCAACAGACGGCGACCGUCGACGAUACAAUGCCAUCGGCCAUCAGCGGCGGCGCGCAUGGCCAGGUGCAUAUACCCAGCAACGAGGAGUGCGGCAUACGGGACGUGUGGAAACAUAAUCUGGAGGAGGAAUUUCGUACCAUACGUAAGGUAGUGCAGAAGUAUCAUUUUGUUGCCAUGGACACAGAAUUCCCAGGCGUUGUAGCGCGACCCGUUGGCGAAUUUCGUUCCACCGCCGAUUAUCAUUAUCAAUUGCUGCGAUGCAAUGUUGACUUACUAAGGAUUAUACAGCUGGGACUUACAUUUAUGGAUGAUGAUGGCAAAACGCCGCCGGGCUACUCCACAUGGCAAUUCAAUUUUAAAUUCAAUCUAAGCGAGGAUAUGUACGCGCAAGACUCGAUCGAUUUGCUUCAGAAUUCGGGCAUUCAAUUUAAGAAGCAUGAAGAGGAUGGCAUUGACCCAAUUGAUUUCGCCGAGCUGCUCAUGAGCUCGGGCAUUGUGCUGAUGGAUAAUAUCAAAUGGCUUUGCUUUCACUCCGGCUACGAUUUUGGAUAUCUGCUUAAGCUGCUCACCGAUCAGAAUCUACCCGCCGAUGAGAGCGAUUUCUUUGAGCUGCUGCAUAUCUAUUUCCCCAACAUUUUUGAUAUCAAAUACUUGAUGAAGUCGUGCAAGAAUCUGAAGGGCGGUCUGCAGGAAGUGGCCGAUCAGCUGGAGCUGCGACGCGUCGGUCCACAACAUCAGGCCGGUUCGGAUGCGCUACUAACGGGCAUGGCCUUCUUCAAAAUGCGUGAGAUGUUCUUUGAGGAUAAUAUCGAUCAUGCCAAAUAUUCGGGUCAUCUUUAUGGCCUGGGUACCUCGUUCAUUGUAAAUGGCACUAAUUUCCAUGAGAGCAACGGCGAAUCGAACAGCGCCUCAUGAUUCAUACUGAUGAAGAACGCUGUCGUGCACGACAAGAAAUUCGAACAAGCUGCUGGAGUUGCUGCCGACUCUCUCCCAGCCCAGUUAUGAGCAGGAGGCGCUUUGCCCAUGUUUUCCACAACAACAACUACAUAAAUAACAAUAUCAAUAUGAAUAGAUAUAGAACCCGAACACAUCCGUAAUUAUGAUAUCGCGAUAAAAAAUAAUUUACUUAAAAGAUAUUUUCUACGCUUCUAAAGAGAAUUUCCCACUCUGUAGAUGUUUUACAACAAAAAAUUAAAAACAAUUAUAAAAAAAGAGAACAAAGAACACAUCAAACCCAAAAUAGAAAAAUACAAAGUAAAAACUAAGCGAAACAGAAAUAAUAAAAUACCACUGUUAAGGAAUCACU